AUGGUGGACUUCUCCGAAAGGAGCAAGAAAACCAUGUCGCGACCUUCAAAGAAACUCGUCUGGUUCGGUGGUCAACCCCCCACCCCGGCCGACACCAGCAACGGCGCCGCCACCACCAACACUACCACCACAUCUUCCGCAUCCUCACUACCGGCCCGGCAACCCCAACCGCCCCGAAGGAACCCCGAACCCGAGCCGCGCAGGCUCGCCGUAGUCCUCGAAGACCUCCCGACCUACCGCCGCUAUAAACGCGGCUCCGGACCCCCUUUGCGACCGAUAACCCUCGCUCCGCCGCGCGACUCGACGGCCUACAUUCGCGACGAGUUUUUCGUCCCGCCCGCGCUCUCUGACGACGGUAAGAAGCGUCUUCAGUACGUGGUGGGAUGGACCGACCUACCGGCCGCGCGGGUCGUGAUCGAUGCCGAGCAGAUAUGCGACUACGUCUCGCCCAUGGCAUACGAGGAGUGGUGCGCUGCAAGAGCUGAGGAGCGGGAUGAGGAGGAGCGCCGGCUGGAGGAGGCGGAGAAUGUGCGCGCUGUUGAGGAGGCUGUAGCGAGGGAGAGGGGCGUCGCGAUACUAGGCGAGAAGGGUGGAAAGGGGGCGAAGAGGGGCCGGAAGAGAAAGCAUGUAGCGGCGGAGGAGUUGAGGACACCACCACCCGCCACGGCCGCGGACGGAGAGAAGAAGAAACGGGGCAGGCCGAGGAAGAAUGCGCCUUCGCUUUCUACGCCGUCCAAGAGCGCCUUGGUGGACGACUUCAGGGAGCUCGACACGGAAGGCGACGCGGACGUCGAGAUGGAAGAAGUGGCCGAUGACGAGGCCGACGACGAGGCCAUCUUCAGGCAGCUCAAUGGGACCGGGACAACAACACCUUUGAUUCUGACGGAGGACUCAUACGACUCUGGCGAACAGAGCAGUCUACCCGCGGGCCUAGAACCCCCGAGCAAGAAGCAGAGGACCCGGUCACCGAGACCGGCCUUCUCGCGGUUCAUGCCGGGAAUCGAGACGGACACCAGCAGCCGGAGCACGCCUUUCGACUCGUCCAGAGGCGCCACCAGCUCACCGGCCCUGCCGCCGCUACCACAACCGCCAGCGCCGGGUCUCCAGGGUAGUAGUGGCCGGCCUCGGGAGACGCCCAUCUUCCCGCCGAUACCCCCGGCCUCUGCGAACCACACAUCCACGCCCACGGCUCCGCGGGUAGCAAAGACGCAGCAACCGCCGAAGCGGUCCCUCCUCUCAAUACGAGAUCCCUCUUCCACGCCUCAACAAUCGUCCUCACCAAAGGUGCAAACACCUACACCAAAAGCGAGCAGUAUGCUUCCCCCGCCAGCCACGGCGCCCCCCGCGCUGAACCCGACACAGAACGGGACAGGCACAAAUACAGGCUGGAAUCACACACCAAUACCCAAGCCCGGCUCCACGCCUUUGAUAUCAAACACGACCCCCUGGACGAUCUCCCUCGCGGCCUCAAAGUCCUCGUCCUCCUACUCCCAACUGACGCCCUCGCAGCCAGUUCAGUCAAUAGAACAACCCAUCUCUACGACGCCUAUACCACUACCCAAGAUACCGGGCCCAAAACCACACAUCGCACCAACCUUACGAGAACCACAACAAGCAGCCCUACCACAAACCGCCUCAGCACCUCCCGCAACAACAACAACAACAGGCAGCAAAACCGCAGUCACAAACUCUAAACCCACCACAACCAAACUUCACACCGCGCGGAAAACCGGAACGGCAGCAGCAUCAACAGCAACACAGGAUGAUGACGAAGAAGAAGACGAAGACGAACAAGUCUACGAAGUCCUCCGCAUCGAAGGCUUCGAAGACCGCGUCUCCCGCCGCAGCGGCAAGAAAUUAGGCCGCUUCUUCCAGGUCCGGUGGAAGGGCAACUGGCCCUCCUCCAUGAACCCGACCUGGGAGCCAGAGUCCAACAUCCCGCAGCACGUGAUUCAGAGGUUCUACUUUGAAAAGGGCACCACGCCGAAGAGGAACGUGCAGGCUGGCGCCAUGGAUAAGUACCUCGUGCCGAAGAAGUACUCGUCCGUGUCGCGGGCGGUUGAGGGCGAGGACGAACUUGUCAGGGGCCAUGGCGAUCACAGCAAUGGCAAUGGUAAUGGGGUCCCGGCUGCGGCUAAGGCUGCACUCGCGACAGAGGACGGAGAUGAGAAUGCUAUGGAUCAGAUUAAAGUCGAGGGCGAUGAUGAUGAAGGCAACGAUAUGAUGCUCGUUACCGACUUUCGAAACCUUCUUGACCCCGAGCGAAGGUUCUGA